AUGGUGCCCCGGGCGCCUGAGUUCAUACCUCGCCCAGAACUCGACCGCGAUGCGUCGCAUCAGUCCAAAGCUUCCGCGAAAACGCCCUCGCUGUCACCUAGCAACGAAGCGGACGACGAGCAGAGUAUCUCCGACGACUACGCAGAUAUGUCUUCCGACCGCUCCCCGCCGCAUUAUGAGGGCGAGGACGUUCGCCUGACCAGCGACAAAGAGCUGUCUGGUUUCUACAUGUAUGGCUGGGCCGCAGAGGUCUUCGUCGUAUGUGGCAUUGGCAGCUUCAUUCCCGUCACUCUUGAACAGCUCGCCCGCGAAAAUGGCUUCCUCCUCCACGACCCUACACAGCCAUGCAAAGCCGCCCGCAUAACAACACUCACAUACUCUAUAUCCUCACCCAAAGAAGGAAACGGACAGUGUAUUGUCAGACUGCUUGGCCUUGACAUAAAUACGGCCAGUUUCGCCAUGUACACCUUCUCCAUAUCCGUCCUCAUCCAAGCACUGCUCAUAAUCAGCAUGUCUGGCGCGGCAGAUCAUGGCCGCUUCCGCAAGACCUUUCUCUUGUGGUUCGCCUUCAUAGGAAGCACGGCGACCAUGCUCUUUCUGCCGAUUGUGCCCAAGAUCUAUGUGUUGGGUGCGGUGUUGGCUAUCAUUGCCAACACGUGUUUUGGAGCUAGCUUUGUACUCCUCAACUCUUUCUUGCCAUUGCUAGUGAGAUUCCACCCAACAGUCCAGUAUGCGGACAUAUCACCAGGUUCGAGCUACCUGGACGACGAGGACCUCGACCAUCCAGACGUUGCACAUGAAACUCACUUUUCCAACGAGCUUGCUCACGACGAGAACGUUAUGGACAACGUUGUCGACGCAACAACAGCACUCCUUCCGCGUAUGCAAUCCGAAGCCGACCUUACUGUCCCUAACCCCGUCUCGCAAGCGACACCGUCCCGAGAACUUGGACUUUCUACCAAGAUCUCCUCGUAUGGAAUCGCAAUCGGAUACAUAGCCGCGCUGCUCGUUCAGACCAUAGGCAUACUUGUCGUCAUCGCAUUCAAAAACUCGAACUUUGGUCUCCGCCUGGUCCUUUUCAUCAUCGGCGCGUGGUGGUUCGUGUUCACUAUCCCAACAGCUAUGUGGCUACGUCCGCGUCCCGGACCACCGCUACACAUCGCACCGUCGAAAUCGAAUUUCGGCACCGGGCUUGCCUACUUUACCUACAGUUGGAAGUCGCUCGGCCGCACAGUCAAGCACGCACAGUACCUUAAGGACGUGUUGCUAUUCCUUGCAGCAUGGUUUCUCUUAAGUGAUUCCAUUGCUACUGUUUCUGGUACUGCUGUGUUGUUCGCGAAGACGACUCUAGAAAUGGACUACGCCAUGCUUGCGCUUAUCAACGUCAUCGCCACGAUUUCCGGUGUCAUCGGAGCCUUCACCUGGUCUCGCAUCAGCAUAUAUAUGCGCCUCCGUCCCAGUCAAACAAUUCUCGCAUGCAUUGUCCUCUUCGAGCUAAUCCCCAUAUACGGACUCCUCGGGUAUAUUCCAGCCAUCAAACGCCUUGGUGUAUUCGGCUUGCAGCAGCAAUGGGAAAUGUAUCCCUUAGGGGCUGUGUACGGCUUUGUACUAGGUGGGCUGAGCAGUUACUGCAGGAGUCUGUUCGGCGAACUUAUCCCACCUGGUUACGAGGCGGCGUUCUAUGCGCUGUACGCCAUCACUGACAAAGGUAGCAGUAUUUUUGGCCCAGCGAUUGUGGGGGCUAUCACGGAUCGCUAUGGCGAGAUAAGACCCGCAUUCUGGUUCCUUGCCAUCCUCAUCGGUCUCCCCUUCCCGAUCAUGAUGCUCGUCGACGUAGAGCGAGGUCGAGCAGAAGGCAUCGCAUUGGCUCGAAAGCUGGAGGACAUAGCCGCCGCUGAGGCUACCGGAAACAGCCAGGGAGAGAAUUUUGUGGCGGAUCAGGAAUAUGAGCAAGGACACCAGCAUCAGUGA